AUGGCGAAUGCAGCUACCUUGCCUGUUGGCAACUUUCAUGUUGAUGGCAACGGCAUCGCAAGAUACUCUUUCACCGUCAAUGUGCCCCAGGGCAUCACAGCUGCUAGCACUCCCCAGAUCUCACUUGAAUAUUGCCAAGGUGGCCCGAAUGGUAUUCUAGGGACUGGAUGGUCUCUUGGGGGCUUGUCGACAAUCCGCCGCCAGGCCGCCGGCCUGGCCUUGAACAGUCUCAAUGCGCAGCAAAACUACGAUCGCACGAUACCCCGGCUAGCUCUGGACGGCAGCGAGCUGUUGUUGAUCCAAGGGGAUGACUACAAUUCCUUGAAUGCCGUCUAUAAACAAGAAAUUGAUAGCCACGGGGAGACAAUUUAUGCGACAUCAUCUGGUUUCAUUGCUCGAGAUACCCUCGGAGCGCGUCGAGAAUAUGAAGCAAUUCUCUCAGACUCUUCUGGACAGGCUUCUGAAUGGCGCGUGCGAAAGCAAAUUGACCGCUAUGGGAACUUCGUUGAGUUCAAGUACGAUAAUUUGCCGGGUGACAACUCCUCCUAUCUCACUAGCAUCAUCUACACAUCCAAUGAAAAGACUGGUCUGGUUGGUACCAGAUUGAUUCUAUUGGAGUACACUCCAAGAGAUGAUCUCGUGGUGCACACCUCUUAUGGUGAUAAGAUUACCUCCGCCCAUCGCUUGGCAUGCAUCCGAGUUGCGAUCGGCACUCUGGAGAAAUUUGCGGUGAUCCGUGCCCAUGAAAUGGAAUAUACCUGCUCUCCAAGUUCUGGAUCUUCUUUACUGCGAUCAAUCACCGAGGUCACAGGCGCAGGAACGCGCUUGGUUCCAACCCUCUUCGAAUAUACUGCUGCUUCCGACCAACAAAAAAGCUUCUCCGGCCAGGACGAAGAAUCUACAACCUUGAAUGACACCACUGACAAUGUCACACUGCUUACUUUGAACGCCAGUGGGCGAUCUCUUGGAGACCUGGGGUGUGUUCGCUACGAUUCAAGCACGGGGAAUUUCAGCAUAAAAACAUAUCUGGCACAGCAUGGCAAAGCAGCGCAGAAAGAUCAGCCUCCUACCAUCAAGUGGUCCCCGUCAGAGGGAAAUGGCGCGGAAGCUGUUCUGCCGUCCACUGCUAUGGGCAAGACCACACCGACAUUUUUGUCGGGGGAUUUGAACGGAGACGGACUCACUGAUCUGAUCAUCCCCUUCGAAGACACAAAUGGCAAUUUAUGCUUCUCUAUAUCCCCCUCGACGGGUAGCGGGUACGAGCACUACAUUCUGAAGCCGACAGACUGCAGCUGGAACCCCGACUCCCGUUUCCUGUCGCUAGACCUAACCGGUAAUGGCUGCACGGAUAUUUUGCAAAUCUACCCGUACGCCGGGAAACUGCAUUUCCGGGUGUUCUCUGCCAUUAAUGAAGGUGGACAAACAACUCUCGCUAAUCCCACUGAGACACCGACUACAUUUGACUUUUCACACACAGUUGAUUGGUUGCAGAUGGCCACUCAUCGUGACGGAUCUUAUAGUCUGGUCCGUGUGUGGGCUGACGACCAUGGGAUGGGCUUUAAUCACUUGAGAGCCACUACAUUCACCUUGCGCUCACAAUCCGUAGAUGGAUCUCAGGGAACUCUCAUUCCUUCAUCAGAUGCGUCGCUCGGCUUGUUCAAAAUCGACCAAACUCCAGGGAUCACUGUCCUUCCAUGUGAUAUUAACGGUGACGGUGUCCAGGAUCUCGUGGUAUCUCUUGUGGAGAUGGAAGACAGGGGAACGGAGACAGCGAUUCGCAUGACCUUUACAACAUUUUUAAACAAUGGCGCCGGCAGCUUCUCCCUGCAAGGCGUCCCUCAGAUAUAUUCUCAUAUCGCGGAGUCGGGACGUGCGCCAUCAAGUAUGGGGAAGAUGUAUGUCACCGACCUUCGAGGUACCAACUAUCCAUCAAUCGCCUAUGUGUACCAGGAGCUUUACAGUAACGAUUACGUUACGCUGAUUUCCCAAGGCUCUUCUUCCGGCCUGAUCAGGCCCCCCAAGUGGUAUCAUAUUGCCAAGCAGAGUCAACUGCCUAUGGGCAAGUUGGAGUUAGUACCAGCCGAUCUCAACGGAAGCUCCUUGGCCGAUUGGCUUUUCUACAGUGUUUUCAAUGAUGCAGUUACCGUCCAUCCGAUCUACAAUACAGGAAAGGUCUGUGAGGACUUUCUUUUGUCAGUUCGGAACCCUAUGGGGAUGUCCACAUCGUUCACUUAUGCUCCCAUGACCAAUGGCGACGUCUAUAAGUCCACAACAAUGUCAUCGCUCAAUGUUACAUCUGUCAAGAGAGGUGCACAUACAGUGAAAGGAUCGCCUAGCUACGUUGUCGCCGAGAUUCGAAGUACCAACGAUCCAUCCAUCAACAGUAUUCCAUACCAGGAUAUUGUUCAGAAGAAAUACUACGGAGCCCGAGUCAACCCUCGAGGUUACGGCUGGGAAGGCUUCUCGCAUAUCGCGAGUUACCAACCUCUCAGCGACGACACUAGGAUCGAUCAUUAUCAACAAUCUUGGCCAUUCACGGGGUGCAAACGGCAAACUGAUCAGAUCCAAGGCCGCGAGCAUGAUGGAAUGCUGCUCCAAUCGACAGUGACCAGUUAUGAAGAAAGAUCCCAGGAGCUAGGAGGCAAGAAAAUUUUCCGUGUGAACAAGACAGCUGAAGUCCACACUGCAAUGGAAAGCGGAUUGCCUGCACGAACAGUUAGUCGCACCUAUGAGUAUGAUUCCGAAGGAAAUGUUCUUCUGGAAUGCUCAAAAGAACUGGAUGAGCACACUCUCUGGACGAGAUACGACUACACCACGAUUGGCUCUUCAUCUGGUCUCCCGAUUUCGAAAAAGAUGUCUACUCAGAAGUCCAACAUCAACAUGCGUGAAUUUGAGGAGGGAGACUUGCGCUUAUCACUCUUCGAGUAUUACCCUGAGCAUGGAACAGUGCACACCGCUCGAGAGUGGCUAUCCGAUCACGCCCGCUUUGCCCAGCAAAUCUUCGAGUAUGACGUGUAUGGCAACGAAAUUUUUAACAAGAGCCCAUCUGGGUUGGAGACUCGGACUGAGUAUGAUACCUUGUUCCACUGCUACCCUGUCAAAAUCCAUGAAACCGGGACUGGUAUCGAUCAUGUGCGUCUGUCAGGUUACGACGCCCGGUUUGGUCAUGAGGUCGUCUGUCGGGAAACAAACGGUGGUGUUAAGAUUAGUGAAUUUGAUGACUCUGGACGUUUGCUCCGUUCUGGAAACGUUGGAGACCAAGCAGACUACCAGAUAUCUGCUCAGGACAUGCUGUCAGCUACCCACUUCAUUGCAGAGUCCGAGCUGACGACCCUCAUGUUAACUGCGCGGGUUUGUUCCAAUCAAUCUUUGCAAUACGAUCGACUCAAAACUCCUUCCAAUGCACAGUAUUUACGCACCACCACCAAGGUUCAUUUCCAAGAAGGCCUCGAAGGACAGGACACCCUAGAGGAGGCCUUGGACUGUACUGGACGUUCAUGCAAGCAGCGCAAACAGCAUGGAAUCUCUCCUCCCGUAUGGAAGCACUUCGAGUAUAACCCGCAAGGCUACCUCACUGUCCAAAGUCUGCCACACCGGCAGGCCGACAACGGACCAUCUGACUGGGAUUGGAGUCCUACCCCGGAACAACAGAUUUUAUGCCAGUACGAUUGCCUCAAGCGGCCCAUCAGCAUCACCAAGCCCUCUCAUCGACAAAAUGACAAUUCCACUGUUGUCUCCCGCAACAUCUAUCGGAAAGGAGGAGCGCAUGUUGAACAUGUCGUGGAAAGAAUUCCAUCCAGCCUUGGGCAUGGGCAGCCAGCAGCUGCUACACGUCUGUCUCGAACAGAGAGCUUCUAUAUUCAAAUCAACGGAAGUGAAAAAUUGAGCGCCAAAAUAAAUGAGAAGGGCGAACGUUCUGAGUUCACAUACGACGCCAUGGGCCGGAUGGUGGCUGCCACAGAUGCCGCAGGCAAAACUGAAACUCGGACCUACAAUACUUCAGGAAAAAUCUUGCAGACUCAUGACGCGUACCGAAACGUGGUCAUUCGCACCUACAGUCCUUCUGGUGACUUGGUCAGUGAGCAAAAUAGUUUGGAUGAACUUACAACUCAUGAUUAUGAUGCCAAAGGUCGCCGCAUCAAGUCUGUCGCUGGAAAUGGUCGCCAAGUAUCAUAUGAAUAUGAUAGAGCGUGUAGGGAUGGUCUUUCUCGCGUGCUUUUUGCAGCAUCAUCGGAUAGCCAGACCAAUGAUGCAAGCUGGGAAUACCGGUAUAACUCUCAAGGAAGAUUGGCAAGAUCGAUCCUUUGCACCGGUCAAGACGAGACGUUCUCUGUGGAUCUAUCAUAUGACUGGCGGGGUCAGGUCGUUUCCCGGUGCUUCUUCGAUGGAUCUUCAUUAAAGACUCAACAUCAAGGAAGUCAAGCCGGACGCAUCGCAUUUUCUAGCGAAGACUGGAACGUGGAAGCCGAAAUCCAGAACUACAAUGCCUUUGAACGGCCCGAGCAGUGGUCUAUUCAUGGCUCCGGGCUGAAGGAUUUCCAGGGAAUAAUGCAAGCGGAUCAGAUCGGAUUCCCUCUCAAGAAUUCACUGCGCACUCCGGACGCAUCUCUGGUCGAAAAUCACUUCAUCUACAAUGACCUUGACCAGCUGAGCCGUGUCCAUGAGUUUAUUUCGGGAAAAACCUCGGACUAUACGUACGAAGAUGGUCGGCUUGUCGCCUCCCAAGGCCAGACAGGGCCUUUGAACAAAUACGUCUACGAUUUGUCCGGUAAUCUCACCCAGAAAGGAGCGGUGCUUCUGAGCACUAGUCCUGGAUGGAUUGACGGAACAAACGGUGACCAGUCUAUUGUUCGGGUCCAAUACGAUGAUGCCGGUCGAAUGAUCUCGCGUGAGCUGCCGCAACAGUCCAAGGCCCAUUCCUUCUCCUACGAUGGAUUUGGAAACAUCGCCACCAUCACAGACACCACCAACGGAAAUACCAGCCACAUUCUAUCUGAUGGGCAAGGCAAUACCCUCAUGCGCACUCUGCAGGAUGGGUCCCGUGAAGUUCAAUUCACUCGCGAGCUGAGCGUCCUGAUUCGUCCAGAUCGAUCGCAGCAAAUUCGUCGCCGGAUGUUUGGUCCAGACAAGCGAUUGCUUGCCACGAUCACGACGGAAAAGCCGGUUGAAAAAGAUGUGAAGGCGACUCAUGUUGCACGAGUAGCAUUCACAGAUGCUAAGGGGAAUGUGACACAUCUAUUUGGCGGUGACGGAAAGCUCUGUCACAAUAUGGAAUACGAUGACUUUGGCAGUCUAUCACCAUCUGAUGCUCCUUUGUCGUCAACUUACGAGGCUAACACCACGGAUGCCAACACAGGCUUGGUUGACUUUGGUGCACGUUGGUACGAUCCACUUGUCGCUCGUUUUGCGACACCGGAUGACAUAUUGGAUGAGAAAUCACUAUCGGAGGCGGAUGGAAUCAAUCGAUAUGCAUUUGAAAACAACGACCCAAUCAACCAUGUCGAUCCCACCGGACAUUGGGGCGCAAAUUUCUGGGGUGGCCUGCUUCUGGGUCUGACUCUAUUGGCAGUUGGUAUAGCAAUUGCAGCCACAGGAGGAGCUGGUAUUGGACUGGCAGCAUUAUCUGGUGCUUUAAUGAGUGGUGGACUGGCUGCGGUGCAAUACUCAUGGGAACAUCGGGAGGAACAAGACGCGGGAAAAUUCUGGGCAGGCUACGGAGCCACUCUGGCAAUAUCAUUUGCCACAGGAGCAGCUUCAGGGGCUUUUGGUGCCUACAUAUCAUCAUCAGCAUCGCUGACAACGAGCUGCAGUCGUCUCUUUGCCAAAGGUGCAGUCGAAGUCAUCAACAAGCCUGGUAAAAUCCUGGCCACCUUCAUCAUUGUCGGAUCCAAAGCACUCGUCAGCGGUAUCACUGGCGCAAUCGUUCAAAUGGGCCAGAACCUCAUCCAACGUGAUAUUUACGGAGCGAAGGUUGGACUGUGGGAUGGAGUUGGAUCUGCCUUUGCCACCGGACUCCGGAACGGCGCGGUUAUUGCUUUGGGUUCCUCGUACUGGACAUGGAAGGGUCAGGAUCACCUCAAUCGCGUCACGGCAACAGCCAAGGGGACUUUCGAGUAUGAUUGUGUGAACUUGGAGGUCUUCAAUGAUGAGUUUGAGCACGUCUUCAGGCCAUUUGGAUAUGGAAAUCCGGUGGGACAAAACCUUUCAGCACAGGCUGGGAAGUCAUUUUCCAACGUGAACUGGGAAAAUCCAUUUGGUCGAUAG